AUGCGGCAGGUGACACGAGCAGCAGCUUCUGCUGCUGCUGCUGCUGCUGCUGCUGCUUCCGUUUACAGACAAGGCAUCACAUUCGUAACAGCAGCAGCAGCAAGGCAGCCAGCAGCACCGGCAGCAGCAGCAGCAGCAGCAACAGCAGCAGCAGCAGCAACAGCAACAGCAGCAGCAGCAGCGGCUAAAAGUCCCACACGAAGCCCAGUUUGCUGCUUCCCCUCACUGCUGAUUAAUCCGUCAGCAACAGCAGCAGCAGCAGCAGCAACACCAGCAGCAGCAGCAGCAGCAGCGGCAAUCACCAGGAAGUUCAGCUCAGAGUCGGCUUCAGCAGCUGCUGCUGCAGAUUCGGCAGAGGGAAUAUCAUCUGCUGCAGCAGCAGCAGCUGCUGCUGCUGCUGCUGCUGCUGCUGCUGAAGAUGCUCCUGAUUUGCCCGCGCACCUCUUUUCGAAAAUUAAAUAUGUUCGGGACUUUCCGCCUGUGUCGCUGCUGCUGCUGCUGCAGCAGCUGCAGCAGCAGCAGCAGGAGCUGCUGCAGCAGUGGCAAGCCGAGGCCUCCAACAGCGACUCUGCAGCAGCACACACUCUAAAUAGAAGGCUUGAGUUGCUGCAGCUGCUGCAGCAGCUGCAGCAGGAGCAGCAGCAGCAAGAGUUGCUGCUGCAGCUGCCGCUGCUGCAGACCCGCGAGGUCGUGGCGCUGCUGCUGAGCCUAACAGCAAAGAUAGAGACUCUGCGGAAGUCAUUGCUGCCUUUGUUGCAGCAGCAGCAGCAGCAGCAGCAACAGCAGCAGCAGCAGCAGCAGCAGCAGCUGCAGCAGCAGCUGCAGCAGCAGCUGCUGCUACAGUGGACUGACUGGCUGCGCUGCGUAGAGCAGCUGAACCGUCUGGCGAUCGAUGAAGAGGAGGCCUUCCUCAUUUGGAUGGCCAUGGACUCUAUCAAGGCGCUCAACAGCAGCAGCAGCAGCAGCAGCAGCAGCAGCUGCAGCAGCAGCAGCAGCAGCAGCAGCAGCAGCAGCAGCAGCAGCAGCAGCAGCAGCAGCAGCAGCCCGCUGCGGGUGCUGCUGCUGCAGGUGCGGGAGAGACUGGAGGCUGCAGCUCUUGCUGUUGAUGCGCGCAGCAGACCACGAAAACACCCAUGCCUCUACCUGUGGAAGACUGCAGGCGAGGGUUUUCUGUCUUUAGUUGAGGCGACGCCGCUCUCUGCGAAAGCAGCCAUCAUGACCGCAGAGGAGCUCCACAUGGGGCAGGACGCUGGACUGCUGCCCCCUAAACCACCGCCGCCGCCGCCUCGCACUUGGCAGUCAAUGGACCCCGUCGACAUGGAAGCCUGGGAAUCCUCCCAGCGGCGUGUCACUCGGAUUCGCUAUCUGCCUAAACCCUCGGGGGUUUUCUUCCAAGGCCGCAAGUUUGCUGCUGCUCUCGCCGUGCACCUGCACCAGGCUGCUCCCGUGGCCUCUGCUCCUUCGCUUGCAGCUAUUGCUGCAGCAGCAGCAAACAGACGAGCCCUCCGCGGGUCAUUUGGCCACGAGACAAUCAAUGCGGUAGCCCAGCGGUUGCUAGCUUUGGACGCGCACACACUGACUCCGUGGCUCCCAUCUUUUGUGCUGCUGCUGCACCAGCGGUUCGCAUUGCAGCAGCAGCUAGCUAAGCACUUGGCUGCUGCAGCAGAGCCGCUGCUGCAGCAGCAGCAGCAGCAGCAGCAGCAGCAAGAGCAGCAGCAAGCAUCAGCAAUGGAGCUGCUGGUGCAGCAGACGCUGCGGGAUGCAAGCCCGAGCCUCCUGAGUUGGGCGCAUCCCGCUUUGCUGGCCCCCCGUCUGCUCUUGCGGAUUAGUGGAGGACUUUUUGCUGCUGCGGAUUAUGAGAUGCCGCUGUCUUUGGCCCGUCGCUUCUUUAGCAGCAUUGCUGCGGCCCUCAAGAGCGCAGCAGCUUUACAGAGCCACAGCAGCAGCAGCAGCAGCAGCGGCAGCAGCAACAGCAGCAGCAGCAGCAGCAGCAGGUGCAAAAUGCUGCUGCCUCUUCGCGAUGUGGCAUUUUUUUGCUCAGCGCUGAAGCAGAGUGGGCUGCGGGAAAACGACACCGUUCGGCUGCUGCUGCUGCAGCUGCAGCAGGACUUGCUGCGUACUGAUGGCACAGCAGCAGCAGCAGCAGCAGCAGCAGCACAAACUGAGCCGGAGGCCCACACUGGAUCAACAGUUACAGAAGCAGCAGCAGAAGCAGCAGCAGAAGCAGCAGCAGCAACAAUGGAUGCACCGUUAGCUGCUGCCGAAGCAGCUGCAGCAAAUGAGGCGGCCGCAGCAGCAGCAAAAACAGCAGAAGAAGCCGAACAGUUUUUUGCUGCUGCUGAGGGCAGCGCAGCAGAUUUGUGUGCAGUUCUUGAUGCUGCUGCAUUUAGCUGCAGGACGCCAGCAGCAGCAGCAGCAGCAGCAGCAGCAGCAGCGGAUGCAGCGGAUGCUGCUGCAGCACAGCAGUUGCUGCUGUUCAAUGCUAUGGCUGCUGGGGGCCCCCCAGCCAUUUUAAGCAGCGGGGAUUACUUGGCGGUUUUGAAGGACUUCUUGUCUCGCCACGCGGACUUGGACCCAGAAGCCCUAGGCUCCCUGUCUCUCUAA